GUAGUAGAGAGGAACGGAGGGGGUGGUUGCGUCGUGUGCCCUAAUUGCCUAGUUUUGCAGAAUCCUUAUACCUGAAAGAAAAAUUCCAAAAAAAGAAAAAGAAAAAAAGGGAAGAGAUGGCUUCCGCUUCCUCCUCAUCAUCCUCAUCCGGCGAGCAUGGGAACCUUCCGCCAUCGACCCCCGAUUCACCUACCUCCGCUGGGUUUAACACCGAUCAACUCCCACCUAACACCAGCCGUACCUCCGAAAACUACUCUGACGACGACGAGGCCGCCGUUGAUCCCGAUAUCAUCCCCGAAGUUGCUGACGAAGAGGAGGAGGAGGAGGAGGAAGGAGAGGAUCUUUUCAACGACAAUUACAUGGACGAUUACCGGAGGAUGGAUGAGCACGACCAGUAUGAACCAGUGGGGCUGGACGAGUCCCUCGAAGACGAGAGGGAUUUGGAUCAGAUCAUGGCUGAUCGAAGGGCUGCUGAGUUGGAGCUUGAAGCCAGAGAUGGCCGCGCCUCUCAGCGCAAGCUUCCCCAACUACUCCACGACCAAGAUACAGAUGAUGAUAACUACAGGCCUUCAAAACGGCCAGAGCUGAUUUUAGGCCUCCCACUACAGCAAGAAGUUUUGAUGAUACUGAUGCAAUGCAAAGUUCACCCGGUAGAUCACAACGGGGACACUCGAGAGGAUGUGCCUAUGACAGAUCAGACUGAUUAUGAACCCUAUGAUGAUGAUAACGAUGAUGAAGGAGAGUUUGAGAUGUAUCGCGUCCAGGGAACCCUUAGGGAGUGGGUUACUAGGGAUGAAGUGCGCCGCUUCAUUGCCAAGAAAUUCAAGGAGUUCUUGCUAACAUAUCACAAAUCAAACAAUGAUGAAGAUAUUGUCUAUGUGCGGCAGAUAAAUGAGAUUGUGUUAGCUAAUAAGUGUAGUCUGGAGAUUGACUACAAACAAUUCAUCUAUGUCCAUCCUAACAUUGCGAUCUGGCUGGCUGAUGCACCUCAGUCUGUCCUUGAGGUUAUGGAAGAAGUUGCUAAAAAUGUUGUCUUUGAAUUACAUCCGAAGUACAAGCAAAUCCACCAAAAGAUCUACGUCCGCAUCACCAAUUUACCUGUUUAUGAUCAGAUACGCAAUAUAAGGCAGAUCCAUUUGAACACCAUGAUUCGUAUAGGGGGAGUUGUGACUCGACGAUCUGGAGUAUUCCCCCAGUUGCAGCAGGUAAAGUAUGAUUGCAACAAAUGUGGCAUGAUUCUUGGACCAUUUUUCCAAAACUCAUAUUCGGAGGUUAAGGUUGGUUCUUGCCCAGAAUGCCAAUCAAAAGGACCAUUCACUGUCAACAUUGAGCAGACAAUAUAUAGGAAUUAUCAGAAACUUACUCUCCAAGAGAGCCCGGGAAUUGUGCCUGCAGGUCGACUUCCAAGAUACAAGGAAGUAAUACUUUUGAACGAUCUAAUUGACUGUGCUCGCCCUGGGGAAGAGAUUGAGGUCACUGGAAUCUACACGAACAAUUUUGACUUGUCAUUAAACACAAAGAAUGGAUUUCCGGUAUUUUCCACAGUAGUCGAGGCAAACUAUGUCACGAAGAAGCAAGACCUAUUUUCAGCUUACAAGCUUACAGAGGAGGACAAGGAAGAAAUUGAGAAGUUGGCUAAGGAUCCAAAUAUUGGAGAAAAGAUUAUCAAGUCAAUUGCUCCAUCAAUCUAUGGCCACGACGACAUAAAAACUGCAAUAGCUCUUGCAAUGUUUGGAGGUCAAGAGAAAAAUGUUGAAGGGAAACAUCGGUUGCGAGGUGACAUAAAUGUGCUCCUGCUAGGUGACCCAGGGACAGCCAAAUCUCAGUUUCUCAAGUAUGUUGAAAAGACUGGCCAUAGGGCUGUUUAUACAACUGGGAAAGGAGCUUCUGCUGUAGGGCUGACAGCGGCAGUACACAAGGACCCAGUCACACGAGAGUGGACACUUGAAGGAGGGGCCCUUGUACUUGCCGAUAAAGGGAUAUGCCUUAUUGAUGAGUUUGACAAGAUGAAUGAACAGGACAGGGUAAGUAUCCAUGAAGCAAUGGAGCAGCAAAGUAUUAGCAUAUCAAAGGCUGGGAUUGUCACUUCUCUCCAAGCUCGGUGCUCUGUUAUUGCUGCUGCAAAUCCUGUUGGUGGAAGAUAUGAUUCCUCAAAGACUUUCUCACAGAAUGUUGAAUUGACAGAUCCAAUCAUUUCACGUUUUGAUAUCCUUUGUGUUGUUAAGGAUGUGGUGGACCCAGUCAAGGAUGAGAUGCUUGCAAAGUUUGUAGUUGAUAGUCAUUUCAAGUCUCAACCCAAAGGUGUUUACAUACAUGAGAAAUCCGUAAGCAAUUCACAAGAAGAAAUUGAAACAUCUUCCAUGCCAACUGAUCCUGAGAUACUCCCUCAAGAUUUGCUAAAGAAGUACUUAACUUUUGCCAAGUUAAAUGUAUUCCCAAGGUUGCAUGAUGCGGACCUUAACAAGCUCACACAAGUUUACGCUGAACUACGGAGAGAAUCUUCGCAUGGACAAGGAGUUCCCAUUGCUGUGAGGCACAUCGAAUCAAUGAUUCGGAUGUCUGAAGCACAUGCAAGAAUGCACCUCAGACAGCAUGUUACUCAAGUAGAUGUGGACAUGGCAAUUCGUGUCCUGCUUGAUUCAUUCAUUUCAACACAGAAAUUUGGUGUUCAGAAAGCUUUGCAAAAGAGCUUCAAAAAGUAUAUGACUUUCAAGAAGGAUUUCAAUGAAUUAAUCCUCCAUCUCCUUAGAGGGCUUGUGAAGGAUGCACUGCACUUUGAAGAAAUUGUGUCUGGCUCUGCCUCAAAUCUAACUCAUAUUGAUGUGAAAGUGGAGGAGCUACAGAGCAAGGCACAGGAUUAUGAAAUCACUGACUUGAAACCGUUCUUCUCCAGCACCCUUUUCUCUAGAGCCAACUUUGAGUUUGAUGAAGAAAGAGGAGUGAUACGCCAUCACCUUCUGGGAUGAUGGUGAAGUAAGUGUUAUGUUUUUUUGUUUUUUGUUUUUUUUCAGAAUGGCAGGUAAGCUGUUUUGUUUCUCUCAUAUUACUUGGGGUGCUUGAAGAGCAACACAGAUUGGCCAAAAGAAAGAGGGUUCCAAGUCAUGGGAAGGCAUUGUAUUAAACCAAAGAUUCUCUGGGAUCGGUCAUGACCUCUUCUCUAUUAUAGCAGGCCUUGUGUUUGAGUAAUCUGUAUCAUUUAUAUCUGUUAAGUCUAUUACUAUGAUUUAUAAUUACAAAAAUAUUAUCAUCAUAUAAUUUUGUAUGCUCUUUUUGGUUUUUUAUUUUAGUUUAUUUGAACUGCCUUGUCGUGUUCAUUUAAAAGAAAUACGUGAAAAGAGCCAACUACAUGUUAAUAGUCGUUCUUGACAUAAAAA